AUGGAUAUUCUACAACAAUCGUACGCAUACGGCAGGUCGCCACUCAUCUCCACGUCGAAAUCGGUGCCUCACAAUGCGCUCCUCUUCGGGGCAAAUAUCUCAAAGUCUCUAUCACCGCUCCUCCAUGGCAUCCUCUUCAAGUCGAAAAACGCAAUCUGGCGCUACGGCAAGGUGCAGACGACUGACCAGGCCGAGUUCAAGGCUCGGCUCACUGCAAGCGACAUGAUUGGGACUUCUAUCACGAUGCCUAAUAAGGUGACAUUUGGCAAGGCUCUGGAUCAUCUCACCGAAGAAGCACGCGUCAUCGGGGCAGUGAAUACCUCAUUUGUCAGAGUGGCCCCAGAUGGACGCCGCCUCCAUAUUGGCACGAAUACAGACUGUGUCGGGAUUCGUGAAGCAAUUUUACACCGACACUUCUCCGCCAAAUCAGUGACCGGCGGCAGAGCAGCGAUGGUGGUAGGCGGAGGAGGAGCUGCACGCAGCGCCAUAUACGCCUUGUGGAAAUGGUUCGGACCAUCGGAGAUCUAUAUCGUCAACAGACUUGAGUCCGAAGUUGAGGAUAUAGUGAAACACUUCACGGUCGCAAUUCCAAGCAUUAAGCUCUGCCAUAUAAAGUCAAUCGAUACUGCACAGCAAAUGCCAGCGCCGUACAUAAUCAUCGGAACCAUCCCCGAUUCUACUCCGACGCAGCCGGGCGAAAUCCUCUGUGCGAGAAUAUGCGACAUAUUUCUUCGUAAGUCGGAGAAAGGACUGCUCGUCGAUAUGUGUUAUAUGCCUUCUCCGCAGACAAAUCUCAUCAUAACUGCGCAAGGUCAAGGAUGGAAUACAAUUGCUGGGACUGAGGUGCUGGUACGGGUAUGCGUGGCUCAACAGAUUUUGUGGGUGGAGGAAGAACCAAAUGAAAUGGGCGUCCAGCAAGCGUUAGCGGCAAUUGGAGAGGAAACAAAGACAGAGCUGGUUAAACUGUAG